UUCUUGGCUGUGCCUUUGGACCGAUACCAACACGUCAGACUGAUAGACAGCUGUCUCGACAUCACAGACACUGGCACAUCAGCAUGCAGGAGAUGGCGAAUGGGAAGAUGCACUUCUCUGCACCAGUGAGCAAGGACAGGAUCAUAUCCAAGUUCCCCAAGUGGUACACCCCUCAGGCCUGCCUGCAGAUGAAGGAUCACUGGCACACCCGGGUGAAGACGGCCUGCCAGGACCGUACCACCCGCAACGUAGGAAUGAAAAUGUCCAAAGUGGUGGUGGUUGGAGAUCUCUAUGUGGGAAAGACGUGUCUGAUCAACAGGUUCUGCAAGGACAUGUUUGACAGGGACUACAAGGCCACCAUCGGGGUGGACUUUGAGAUCGAGAGGUUCGAGUUAUCCGGGGUGCCCUACUCUCUGCAGAUUUGGGACACGGCCGGCCAGGAGAAAUUCAAAUGCAUUGCCUCGACAUACUACAGAGGAGCUCAGGUGAUAAUCAUCGUUUUCGAUUUGGCGGACAUCAGGACUCUGGAGCAUACGCGGCAGUGGCUGCAAGAAGCAAUGAGGGAGAAUGACCCUGGAUCCUGUUUCAUCUUUCUGGUCGGCACCAAGAGAGAUUUACUGUCCUCAGCAGAAUGCCACAGGACCGAGAGAGACGCAGUAAAGAUGGCAUCCGAGAUGCAGGCCGAGUUCUGGUCGGUCUCCUCCAAAACGGGGGAGAACGUGAGGGAGUUCUUCUUUCGGGUCGCGGCCCUGGCCUUCGAGGGCUCCAUGCUCAGGGACCUGGAGGGAACUGACACUCACUCUCACAUCGGAGCUGGAGACCUCAUCAGAAUUGAUCAAGGCACAGCUGAGGAGCCCAAGGCCAAAAGUGUGAAGAAGCUAUCCUGCUGUUAAAGAGAGAGGUGUGGGGAGGGAAGAGAAAGGGAGUGAGAAAGCACAGCAGAGGAGAGACCUGCGGGGAAGACAAUGAUGAGAAGAAGGGGGGUGGAGGGCGACAAGGGCAUCGGCUGAAAUGAUGCUGAAUCGUGACCACGGUCCUCGAGCACAGCCCAUGUUCCCCCACCCCUGAACCAAAGCAAUCGGUCUGCCUCGGGUGCUCCAUCAGCUCUGUGAACAUCUGGGUGUUCAUCCACCUUCCGUGACUCUUGACCCUUGACCACUGCCACUGAUUUGGGAGCAACGGCCUAGACCUCUGCAGCAUUUUCAUUUAAAUUCCAGGACAAUUGGCAGUAUUGUUACCAUG